ACACCCAGACCCAUUUCCUCUACUCUUACACAAGUUAAGAAAUAGAAGUGGAAGUUAAAAAUAGAAGAGGGCGCAAGUUCGCAAGCGUCACGAGAGGAGAUAUGGAGAUACUCUAUCUUCUGGGAUCCUUACUUUCCACCUCCCUCACUUCUCUGGCUCUGUCUCUUCUCCUCCCCUUUACCUACGUCUUCCGCCGAUUCUGCGCCACACGCGCCGCCACAGACUCUGUUUCGAUCUACCAAGGCACCGUAUGGCAUGAGCGCCGCCGACCCAUCCACCACUCUUUCCGGUACGAUGUUCGGUACGCGCUCGUUGACCUUGACCACGCUCCUCACGCGCCGCCCGACCACCUCUCCGCUUCCCAAGCUCGCUCCUUUUCCGGAACCAAUGGCCCCGUUUUGUUGUUGACAAUGCCCCCAAGUGUGGGGUAUGAGCAAAAUCCAUUGAGUGUGUACUAUUGCUAUGAUGUUGAGGCUUCCUCCUCUCAACAUUUGAAGAAAUGCAUUGCUGAAGUGACAAAUACGCCAUGGGGUGAAAGAGUAAUGUUUUUGUUUAACCCAGAAUCCGAUAUGGUUGCGAAAGCUCUACACGUUAGUCCUUUUAAUGAUAUGCUUGGUAGUUGGAAGAUAAAAACAAAUACACCGGGAGAGAGUAUUUUGGUAACAAUUUCAGUAAGUCAUCCCACACUUGGUGACUAUUUUUCAGCUUCAUUGGUUGCCAGAAGAGUAGAGUCUUCUGUGCCGGUGGAUCACACACUAUUCUUCUGGCUGAUGCCUCAUAAGGUUGCUUUUUGGAUAUAUUGGCAGGCUCUUAAACUUUGGUGGAAAGGUGUAGGAUUUGUACAACAUCCAAGGUAUUGCAAUCCCCGGUACAGAAAAGAAGCUGUAGUCCGCGAUGAAGAACUUCGCUGCUGCCAAGCGUUCGCGUCUAACUCAGAAAGCCAGCAAGAAACUGGAGAGAAGUGGUCAAAAUCUCAAGGAGACUUGAACGCGACAAGUCAUUGCUUCACUUGGAGGGAUGCCAAGUGGCCGUGGAACUAAAUAUAGAAGCCGGUGAGUUCAUUCAUUAUAUAGUGAACUUUAUGUUACUUUCUUAUCGGGUAAUAAUCGGUGUUUGCAUUUCGCACUUACCCAGAAGAGAGGGGUUCUUCUUCCAUAAAGAUGGUUACUUUGUUCCAUCAAUUGAGAGUGAGAUUAACAACAUUAUAAUUACUCAGAAUAACUGAAGUGAAUAUACAUUAAUUCAUUAUUGUAGAUGGAUUGCACAUGAUUCAUCAUAUAUAGUAAUAUGCAAUCAAACUUCAUUGUAAUU